AUGGUGAGACCACGAUCUUCCUCUUCCUAUGUUGAUGGUGCAUCGGCAUCGACCGGCCCAGUAGAGCAGCCGCCUCCAUCGUCCUCUUCUUACUCUGUUGAUGAUGAAUUGCGGGGCCCAUUAGAGCAACCCCUUGAAAUGGGUGUUUAUAGUUACAGAUGUCAUGGAGAAGAGCAGCAGGAGGAGUGCGUCAUCUGCCUGUGUGAAUACCAGGAGGGGGACUCGUUGGUGGCGCUGCCACGUUGUCAGCACUGUUUCCACGUGGAGUGCAUUCGGAGGUGGUUUAAGUGCCAGCUAAGAUGUCCCAUCUGCAAUGCAUCUCCGUUUCAGGAAUUGGGAUCCCAUGCUGGAAAAGAUGUUGCUCUUCAAAUUCCACUUCCGCCACUUUUGGUUGCAGGAAAUAUGAGGGAGGGAAACCUAGGGAGCGAACACAACGUGUAA